AAUCACCAAAAAUUUAGAGGGAGAGAGAGAGAGAGAGAGAGAUGGAGAGGAGGCAGAACAAGUCGGAGGCGGAGGAGGGAAUGGAGGAGGAGGAGGAGCAGGUGGGACCCACGGGCGGGGCCGGGGCGGAGGACGGUCAGGUCGGGUCGAGCUUGACGCUGGAGAGGGUGGCUGCGGCCAAGCAGUUUAUAGAGAGCCACUACAAGGCUCAGAUGAAGCACAUCCAGGAUCGUAAGCAGAGACGCUCAGUGCUGGAAAAGAAGCUGGCCUCUGAACAUGUACCACAGGAGGAACAGGUCAAUCUGUUGAAGGAUUUGGAACGCAAAGAGACUGAAUAUAUGCGACUUAAAAGGCACAAGAUUUGUGUUGAGGAUUUCGACCUUCUCACCAUAAUUGGCAGAGGAGCCUUUGGAGAGGUUAGAUUGUGUCGCGAGAAGAUAUCAGGCACCAUUUUUGCCAUGAAAAAGUUGAAGAAGUCAGAAAUGCUCAGCAGGGGACAGGUUGAACAUGUUAGAGCUGAAAGGAAUUUGCUUGCAGAAGUUGCCAGUCACUGCAUUGUGAAACUCUACUAUUCAUUUCAAGACGCUGAAUACUUGUAUCUAAUUAUGGAGUAUCUACCUGGUGGAGACAUGAUGACUUUGCUUAUAAGAGAAGAGACUUUGACUGAAACUGUUGCUAGAUUUUAUAUUGCUCAAAGUGUUCUGGCAAUAGAAUCUAUUCAUAAACAUAACUAUAUUCACAGAGAUAUAAAACCAGACAAUCUUUUAUUAGACCAAAAUGGUCACAUGAAGCUCUCUGAUUUUGGUCUUUGCAAGCCUCUUGAUUGCUCAAAUUUAUCUUCCAUAAAUGAAAAUGAAGUGCUCGAUGAUGAUAACUUGCAUGAGACAAUGGAUAUUGAUGAAUCCUCCCUAGAGACCAAAAAUGGGAGGCCCUGGAAAAGCCCGCUUGAGCAGCUUCAGCAUUGGCAGAUAAACAGGAGAACACUGGCAUAUUCAACAGUUGGCACACCAGAUUACAUUGCUCCAGAAGUAUUAUUGAAGAAAGGAUAUGGCAUGGAGUGUGAUUGGUGGUCACUGGGUGCGAUAAUGUAUGAGAUGCUUGUUGGUUAUCCCCCAUUUUACUCUGAUGAUCCAGUAACAACAUGCAGAAAGAUAGUGCAUUGGAAAAAUCACUUGAAAUUUCCCGUGGAGGCAAGGUUGACGCCUGAAGCAAAGGAUCUGAUUAGUAGGUUUCUCUGUGAUGUUGAACAUAGGCUUCGUACAGCAGACCAAAUCAAGGCGCAUCCUUGGUUCAGAGAUGUCCAGUGGGGCAGACUUUAUGAAAUGGAGGCAGCAUUUAAACCAGAGGUCAAUGGGGAACUCGAUACUCAAAAUUUUAUGAAAUAUGAUGAGGUAGAUGCACCAGCGCCUGGAAGAACUGGAUCUGGACUAAUGAGAAAGAUGUUGUUGACUCCUAAAGAUCUCAGUUUUGUUGGCUAUACAUACAAAAAUUUUGAGGCUGUCAAAGGUUUAAAGAGGAGUGCAUCACUAAAUCGGUCCUCCAUUGACUCUGCAAACAGUGAUUCUGUACUGGACUACUCCAAAAGGUAUUCGGUAGAUGACAUGGAAGCUCAGGUGCUUGCUGAUUCAGGGGACGUCAUGUCAGAGUGACGCAUAGCGCCUAGUGUAACAGGCGGACAAGGCCCUUCUAUCAAUAUGUAGGGCAUUCCUGCUUGUUUUUUCCCGUCAGGUUUUGCCCUAAUCAACACAGUCGACUGCUACAUCUUCCAGAACUCUUAAGUGUACAGUAAUGUUGAAGACACUUCAAGAUGAUCCCAUUGAUGGGUUUGUUUUGUAGGAAUAGCAGUAGAUUUCAAAAGCUUUAAUAUGUAUCCAGUUAGUUGAGGUUGUAUCAAGGUCCUGACUACCCAGGUUGGCAGAUAAAGAACAUGCCUUCACUUGUGGCGGUUUCUGGUCUUUCUUCCUUUCCUCGAUUUUCUAGGAAACUCUGGCUAUUUUAAACAAUGACCGCCCAGAUAACUGGAAUUGUAUCAUUGCCUUUGGCUUUGAUUUUGAAGUUUUAUGGUGAAUUAUAUUCAGUAAAUC